AUGGCUGGUCAACCCUCUGCUCUUCUACUUCUUCCCCCGCCUUCUGCCUUUACUCUUAACCAAGUCAAAGAUGCAUUUGAACCAUCUUUGGUCGAUGUUUACACUAAGCUCUCUGAUAAAUUGAAUGAGAAUGACACAGCUAUACUCGACAUUGCCCUGGCCAUUCCCGGUCUACUCUCCAACUGUCAACCUCGGUCCAAAGUGUUUGCGCAACUCCAACAUUACCUGAGCAGCAUCUAUACCCUGGUGGGCGCCGUCUGUGCAACACACAAUAUCGAGCUGGACUCUCCAGGUGGCAUUGAUACCCGGGUGGUAUUUGUUGAUCAGGCGACUAAACCGGCUGAACGCACACCCUUUGGUCCCAUUUUGGACUGGCAAUCACUUGCAGAUUGCGAUCGCCGUUGGGACCAUGUCUAUUAUCUAGGAAACACUGCCGGCAAAAACGUGGCUGACUCUUUUAUCAGCCAUGUUGGUGCCCAGGCCAAAGACGGCAGAGCGGCAAGCCUGCAAGCCAUCACUAGCCAUCCUGACUGGGCGGCUUCUGGCCCCCUGUUAAAUCCUGACGACCAACCCUCCACUCCGCACUAUUCCGUGGUCGUGGGUGGCACAUUUGAUCACCUCCAUGUUGGUCACAAGCUCCUCCUUACAGCUGUUGCAUUGGCCUUGGACCCGGGCCGGGAAGGACGCCUGACCAUCGGAGUCACAGGGGAUGCACUCUUGACCAAGAAAAAAUACGCUGAAGUGCUUGAGAGCUGGGAGGAGCGUUGGCAGAGUACUGCCUCGUUUCUUGCAGCCAUUAUGGAUUUCUCGCCUGAAGAAAAGUCGCCCCAGAUUGAACGUGGAUUCUCGCCGGACCCAUUAGGCCAGGCACCCCUCAAGAAUGUUCUCAUGAGGAUACAACCCAACUUGGCAUUCAAGUUUGUGGAAAUAUCCGAGAUGUUCGGGCCCACAAUCACAGAGGAGGACCUCGGUGCGAUACUGGUGUCCAAAGAAACCCGAUCAGGAGGGGCCCUGAUCAAUGAAGAGCGUACAAAGAAAGGGUGGAAGGCCCUUGCGGUGUUUGAGGUGGAUGUACUCCAAUCUGGAGAAGCCACAGAUGAGAGUUUCGAAUCGAAAAUAAGCAGCACAGAUAUCAGGCGGCGGCGGGCUCACCGGGCCAAGGUAUGA